GCGAUAAUUAAUUUAAGUAUUUAAUGUUUUUAGUUAUAAAAUGGCAACAAAGUUAAAUGUAAAUAUUAGGACACUCCUCACAAACUGUGAGGAUCUGGCCAAAAGCGAAGACAACUUUUGGCGGCUGCAAAAGUUUUUAAAAUCACUAGACACCAUGGUUGCCGAGCUGGCGGCGAUGGAUGAUCCACAAAGUGCUGCACGGAUACCCGGCUAUAAGGAACGUCUGGCUGCCCUAAAAGAGACAACCGGCUACACAAACAAUUCCAAUGGAAGUGCCAACAAGACUUCCAGUGAGAUUGCGUUGCAGGAGAUGCGUCAGUUGCAGAACACGGCAAAGCACAAUGAAAUACGCAAGGAUCUAUUGCAGGGUCAAGAUGCCGAUACGCUGAGACGGCGACGUGGCGCCGAAGAGGCAACAACAACAACAGCAACAACAACAGUGUCGGGAGGGGGCGGGGAAACUGCAACGGGAAACAGCAUGAAUGAAGCGGUCAAGUAUUAUAACAAUGCCCAGGAGAAGAUUACCGAGCAUAUGCUCUCGCUCACACGCAAUCUAAAGGAACAAACAGAGACGGCCAAUCGCAUCAUCAGACGCGACACCGAAGUGGUUUCCCGUUCCACUGGAAUGGCCGAUCGCAACAUCAACUCGCUCGGCAAAGAGGCCGACAAACUGGAACAACAUUCACGCAAGGCGUACAAAUGUUGGCUCUGGCUGAUGAUUGUCUUUGUUAUCGUCGUGUUCAUCGGCAUGGUGCUAUUUAUGAAGAUCAUGAAGAAGAAGAAGACGUAAACUAAUGGAAACAGUUGCCAGUUGGAGUCGCUGACAUAGUUCAAUAGGUUAUCCUAUAUAGCCAAUGGUGUAAACACACAGAUAACAUUAAACGAGAUAAAGCCACAAAA